AUGCAGAAUGCGCAGCUCAUUGGCGUGCUUCUCCUAUCGGCUGCAGAGUGUUACUCCAAGAUUUUGGAUUCACUAACUCUGACGGACCAUAUCGCCGGCAAUGCUAACGCCAAGCGAACUGUCAGCCUCCGGAGCCUUGACAACGACGUCGUAGCAGAAAGUGCCUUCGAUCUUGCGUUCACGAUAGAGUUGGAUGAGGCUGAGUGGAGAUGCCUGGCGAAGAAAUCAUUGUUGCAUGAAAUCCACGACACGUCCGACACUUUGCGACCUUGCUUCAUGCACGUGUUGAGCAAUCUGGAAAGACGUCAAGUAUUUUGGCACACAGUUUCACCUCCGCCCGAUGCUCCUACCACCUUUCAGACCUCUUGUUCUCUUGACCGACCGGUAUGUCUCUUAGUGGCGGACCAGGCUCGUCGCCUCAUUGACUCUCUGAAAUUCGGGUGA